CUGCACUACAAAUACGGAAGAAAUGCUCUUUAAAGAUAUUCACGCCAUACACGCACUUGUACAAACACGUACUCCGGGACAUGAACGUUUGAGUGCAGUGGGGCCGUGCGGGGGCCCAAGGACCUGCGUGUUCGCAACUCCCCUGUGUGCAAUAAAGUUAUCACCACCACCACUACUGCCUAGCAGACGACGCGCGGCGAAGUCCACACUAUCCGUGGUUCAGCCAGUGCGCACCAGGUGGCGAAUAUGUUUGAUUUCGUGGCUGGUCGCCAAACAGUUCCUUCGAAAAGACUGUGCGCCUCAGCUGUUGAACUCCAAUGAGCGCCUUUAGAUUCAAUGUACGUCUCCGGACGAAGCGACACCUUCAGUGCUUCCUCUGCUUUAUAUUUUAUAUUUUACUUUUUGCAUCCCCGUCUCUUCGUUUCGGGUAGUAAACCGGAGGUUCGCCUGGUUGACCUCCGUACUCUUCCUUCGCUUUUCUGUUUUUCACGAGAGAGCGAACAUCGAAACCCGUGCGGUGACUCCGUAGCUUUGGCGUUCUGCUGAUGAGAGCACAUCUUGAUGAGGGAGAAAUGAAAGAUUAAAAAAUAAAUAGAAAUAAGAAACGAACGGGAAAAGAGAAAAACAAAAACGGGAGAACAAAAUAAAUAAAUAAAUAAAAACGCUCGUGUACUACGGUGCAUGUUAAAGAACCCCAUGCGAUAAAAAUUAUUCUGUAGCCUUCCACUCGGCGCCUUUCAUAGCCCCGCUGUUAGUUUUGGGACGGUGUCAAAUCCUGUGAAACAAUCAAUCAACGUCUCGACGGUCCGCAUUGCCCUUUCUCAGUUCUUUUUCGUACCGUUUACCAACCGUUAUCACUUCCAGCGUUGCAGUGACUCAGCGUCUGCAUGAGCAGGGCACGACAGUGUGCCCACCAUCUGUCGGUAACACGACGUUGCAUGAAACGGCCAGAGUCUACAGUCGCCGCCGUGUCAGACGGCGUGCGGAAUGGUUGCAGAAAACGGUGGUAGCAUGCACAUUCAGCUCCACAGUUCCUUCGAAAGAAACAGUGUCAAUUAUGCGAAACGUUCUGCUUUUCCGUGUAUUCGGGGAGCUUUUACAGCCCGAAUAGCUGCGAACACCCGCCCACUUGGACAGGCUGUGAAAGAAGACUAAACAUGGUUCUUCCGAGUUCUAAAGGACGCAAGAACGAAAACAGUUUUGCAAGUGUGCAGUGCGAGAAGUCAAUACUACGUGACCCUGGUGCCGUGUCUCAAGUCGCCAUCGGACCGAACGCUCCAUCUGUGAGGAAAGAACGUGGACGGCAUUACAGACACGAGGCAGCGCUGCCAUCUGUGAGCAGCCAUUCUCACCGCACAAAAGCUGCGGUGGCUAAAAUAAACUGGUGUGGCACCGCGGCAGGAACGGACAGUAGUACCGACGGACAGCAGCGGGGCUCGCGCUACAUGCACGUUUUACGACCCCGGGGGAAGUCGGGUGCCCGUGAUGCGUCGGGACCCCCGACGUGUAGCCUCAUUGUCUAUUCCACCUCAUCGCUCCGCGCUGCCUGGUGGCCUUCGGUGCGAACUAUUUUUAUCCCGAAACGCUUUCCGCGUCCGGGCGGCCGCCUGCGAAACCUUGCCAGAUGUGAAGUAUACCACCCGAAGUUUAUACAUCAGCUGUGUCCCUGGACACUUUCACCGCAUGCGGCUUCCUAAACACCUUCGGCAACUAUUCGCACUUGAUGUGAGCGUUGUCGAAUAUUCCGUCUUUUCUUGGGGGAAACUAUGGUAAAGAUCGAGAAAACCUUGGUGCAGAAGGAUUAUAAAAUGCGGUGUGCUGGGAAGGGAGGUCUUCGGUGCAAUUUUGGACCCUCUGGGGUUCUUUAACGUGCGCUCAAAGCAAGAUGUACGAGCGUUUUUUGCGUUCUGCCCCUGACGGAAUGCUGCCGCCGCUGCCGGGAGCCGAACCCGCGAUCUCGUGCUCAACAGUGUAACGCCAUAGCUACUGAUCCACCAUGACGGGCACGAAAUUUACGGUAUAUUGCUCUAUAAUCGUUGGCAGCCGAGCAUUGCUCCUAUCAGUACUGCUUGAUCUGAAGGAAAAAAAAAAAAGCGCCUGCUCGUCAUGUUCUUGUCGCGCUUGUAGCAACCGCGCACAAUUUAACACGCAUG